CGGGCCGGGACCAAGGGCACCAUGUCGUCCGGGGCCAAGGAGGGGGGCGGGGGCUCCCCCGCCUACCACCUCCCGCACCCACACCCACACCCACCCCAGCACGCCCAAUAUGUGGGCCCCUAUCGGCUGGAGAAGACGCUGGGCAAAGGACAGACAGGGCUGGUUAAACUCGGGGUCCACUGCAUCACGGGCCAGAAGGUUGCCAUCAAGAUCGUGAACCGAGAGAAGCUGUCCGAGUCGGUGCUGAUGAAGGUGGAGAGGGAGAUCGCCAUCCUGAAGCUCAUUGAACACCCACACGUCCUCAAGCUGCAUGAUGUCUACGAGAACAAGAAAUAUUUGUACCUGGUUCUAGAGCACGUCUCUGGAGGUGAGCUGUUUGACUACCUGGUAAAGAAGGGGAGACUGACACCCAAGGAGGCCCGGAAGUUCUUCCGCCAGAUAGUAUCGGCGCUGGACUUCUGCCAUAGCUACUCCAUCUGCCACAGAGACCUGAAGCCUGAGAACCUGCUUUUGGAUGAGAAAAACAACAUCCGCAUCGCGGACUUUGGCAUGGCGUCCCUGCAGGUGGGGGACAGCCUCCUGGAGACCAGCUGUGGGUCCCCCCACUAUGCGUGUCCGGAGGUGAUUAAGGGGGAGAAGUAUGACGGCCGCCGAGCGGACAUGUGGAGCUGUGGAGUCAUUCUCUUUGCCCUGCUUGUGGGGGCUCUGCCCUUUGAUGACGACAAUCUCCGCCAGCUGCUGGAGAAGGUGAAAAGGGGCGUCUUCCACAUGCCCCACUUCAUUCCUCCAGACUGCCAGAGCCUCCUGAGAGGGAUGAUCGAAGUGGAGCCUGAGAAAAGGCUCAGUCUGGAGCAAAUUCAGAAACAUCCCUGGUACCUGGGCGGGAAACACGAGCCGGACCCCUGUCUGGAGCCAGCCCCAGGGCGCCGGGUGGCCAUGAGGAGCCUGCCAUCAAACGGAGAGCUGGACCCCGACGUCCUGGAGAGCAUGGCUUCGCUGGGCUGCUUCAGGGACCGCGAGCGGCUGCACCGCGAACUGCGCAGCGAGGAGGAGAACCAAGAAAAGAUGAUCUAUUAUCUGCUUUUGGAUCGGAAGGAGCGCUAUCCCAGCUGUGAGGACCAGGACCUGCCUCCCAGGAAUGACGUUGACCCACCUCGGAAACGUGUGGAUUCCCCUAUGCUGAGCCGUCACGGGAAGCGGCGGCCAGAGCGGAAGUCCAUGGAAGUACUGAGCAUCACGGAUGCUGGGGGCGGUGGCUCCCCAGUGCCUACCCGGCGGGCCCUGGAGAUGGCCCAGCACAGUCAGAGGUCUCGUAGUGUCAGUGGAGCCUCCACCGGUCUGUCCUCCAGCCCUCUGAGCAGCCCAAGGAGUCCUGUCUUUUCCUUCUCGCCUGAGCCCGGGGCUGGAGAUGAGGCUCGGGGCGGGGGCUCCCCGACUUCCAAAACGCAGACGCUGCCUUCUCGAGGCCCCAGGGGUGGGGGCGCCGGGGAGCAGCCCCCGCCCCCGAGUGCCCGCUCCACACCCCUGCCUGGCCCCCCAGGCUCCCCGCGCUCCUCUGGGGGAACCCCCUUGCAUUCGCCCCUGCACACACCCCGGGCCAGCCCCACCGGGACGCCGGGAACAACGCCACCCCCAAGCCCCGGUGGUGGUGUCGGGGGAGCCGCCUGGAGGAGUCGUCUCAACUCCAUCCGCAACAGCUUCCUGGGCUCCCCUCGCUUUCACCGGCGCAAGAUGCAGGUCCCCACUGCUGAGGAGAUGUCCAGUUUGACUCCAGAGUCUUCUCCAGAGUUGGCAAAACGCUCCUGGUUUGGGAAUUUCAUCUCCUUGGACAAAGAAGAACAAAUAUUCCUUGUGCUAAAGGACAAACCUCUCAGCAGCAUCAAAGCGGACAUUGUUCACGCCUUCCUGUCGAUCCCCAGCCUGAGUCACAGUGUGCUGUCACAGACCAGCUUCAGGGCCGAGUACAAGGCCAGUGGCGGCCCAUCCGUCUUCCAGAAACCCGUCCGAUUCCAGGUAGACAUCAGCUCCUCAGAGGGCCCGGAGCCUUCCCCACGAAGGGAUGGCAGCGGUGGUGGUGGCAUCUACUCUGUCACCUUUACUCUCAUCUCCGGUCCCAGCCGUCGGUUCAAGCGAGUUGUGGAGACCAUCCAGGCACAGCUGCUGAGUACUCACGACCAGCCCUCCGUGCAGGCCCUGGCAGACGAGAAGAACGGGGCCCAGACUCGGCCUGCUGGUACCUCACCCAGAAGCCUGCAGCCCCCGCCUGGCCGCCCAGACCCAGAGCUGAGCGGCUCUCCCCGCCGAGGCCCCGCUAAGGACAAGAAGCUCCUGGCCACCAACGGGACUCCUCUGCCCUGACCCCAGGGGGCCG